UCAUAGAAGACAUUCAAAGGACAUCUCUCUAUUUUAAUUUACUCAUAGAUGUGAGAGUGAAGGGAGAGAGAAUCCAAAUUCGGAUUUUUGAAACGGGAUCGACGCCCGUUGAACACCUUGACUCCAUUUCUAUUCUUCUUCACUGAGACACUCAUCGUAUAACACAUACCUCUCAUCGUUGCUCCCCACCGAUUCACGAAACCCUAAUUUCGGUGGUUCCUGUUACGGGGGAGCGAAGAGUUAGGGUUGGAUUGAGCUGAGGUAGCAGCAGAUGCAGCAGCUUCUCCUCUGAGGGAAUGGAAGGUGGCAGGAGAAUUACUGUGAGCCCUCGACCUUGCUGCGGUCGAAGGAUCGUCGCUGCCAAGAAGAGGCCGCGUGCAGCGGAUGGCUUCGUCAACAGCGUCAAGAAACUCCAGAGACGCGAAAUUAGCUCCAAGCGUGAUCGCGCGUUCACCAUGAGCGAUGCUCAGGAGAGAUUCCGGAAUAUUCGCUUGCAGGAGGAAUAUGAUACACAUGAUCCCAAAGGUCCUUCGACCAUGGUGUUACCGUUUCUGAGAAAAAGGUCAAAGAUUAUUGAGAUUGUAGCAGCACGCGAUAUUGUUUUUGCUCUUGCACAAUCAGGUGUUUGUGCAGCAUUUAGCAGAGAGACCAAUCAAAGGAUAUGCUUUUUGAAUGUCAGUCCCGAUGAAGUUAUAAGAAGUCUGUUUUAUAACAAAAAUAACGAUUCACUUAUCACAGUUUCUGUAUACGCUUCAGACGGUUACAGUUCUUUGAAAUGCAGAAGCACAAGGAUUGAAUACAUAAGGAGGGGUAAACCAGAUGCUGGCUUUGCUCUUUUCGAAUCCGAGUCUCUUAAGUGGCCAGGUUUUGUAGAGUUUGAUGAUGUAAAUGGGAAGGUAUUAACGUACUCUGCUCAAGAUAGCAUAUACAAGGUAUUUGACCUCAAAAACUACACAAUGCUGUACUCAAUUUCUGAUAAAAAUGUCCAAGAGAUUAAGAUCAGUCCGGGAAUCAUGUUGUUGAUUUUUGCUAAAGCAAGUAGCCAUGUCCCACUUAAAAUCCUUUCAAUAGAAGAUGGUACUGUUUUGAAGUCAUUCACUCAUCUCCUUUAUCGUAACAAGAAGGUAGAUUUUAUUGAACAGUUCAAUGAAAAGCUACUUGUCAAGCAAGAAAACGAGAACCUCCAAAUUCUUGAUGUGCGGACUUUUGAGCUGACAGAGGUUUGCAGAAGUGAAUUUAUGACACCAUCUGCAUUUAUCUUUUUAUACGAGAAUCAAUUAUUCCUGACAUUUCGAAAUCGAACUGUGGCUGUGUGGAACUUCCGUGGAGAGCUUGUAACUUCGUUUGAGGAUCACCUCUUGUGGCAUCCUGACUGCAAUACGAACAAUAUAUACAUAACCAGUGACCAGGAUCUUAUCAUAUCCUAUUGUAAAGCUGAUUCUGAUGAUUCACUGUCUGAAGGAAAUGCAGGUUCCAUCAACGUCAGCAACAUUUUAACUGGCAAGUGUCUUGCCAAAAUAAGAGCAAGCAACAGCUUUCCAGUGGAUAACAAUUGCAAUUGCAGUGGCAAUCCUUCAGGAAGUGGUUGUUGUAAUUCAAGGAAGCGAAAACAUGGCUCCAAGAUGAGGAGCACAGUUGCAGAAGCCUUGGAAGACAUUACUGCUCUGUUCUACGAUGAAGAGCGUAAUGAGAUAUAUACAGGCAAUAGGCAUGGACUAGUUCAUGUUUGGUCUAACUGACGGGCUAUUGAAUUUACUGUUGCCCUGUGUUUUGCUAUUGGAUUUUCUUAGUGGGUAAAUUGGUUGUUCUUAUCUGCUAUGAGAACUUUCGGGGGAUGUAACUAUAAGUGGCUUUGAAUCAUUAAUUUUUUAUCCUUGUCAUUCACGCCUUAGGCGAGUUUGUUCUGUAGUUGUAAGAGAUGCAUGAAAAUGCUGGUAACUCACCGGAUGUUGCUUCUGCUGUAAUCUAUAACUUACAUUAAUGGAGCGGCUUCAAUGGAAUGUAGUAUGUGAAUUAUGGUAA